AGUGAACGUUGAAUGAACCAGGACCACAGAAAGAAUUGGACAUGUUCUGCUCCUCCGGUCCUGCAGGAGGCGCUAUGCCUCACUGCUUCCUCUCAAUGACCCGGACAGAUCAACGCAAUCUGGACUGUUUUCCUUCCUACAGUCCGGUGGACGGAGCUCUGCAUCGGGAUGUCUCUGUUUGUGUGUCCCCAGAGCUGCGGGCUCCGGCCACUGACCGACUCGGUGUCGCAGCUUCUCUCCAAAGUCGGUGAGGAGAUCCUGGCUACACUGGAGAGGCGCUCCGGGGAAGCCGGGUCAUUCAGAGGCUCGGGCCGCUUGGUACGGCUCCUGCGGCCGCUUCUCGCGGACGGGAUGGCGGCAGCCGCGGAGCUGAUUGUUCAGCUUCUGGAGCGGGAGGUGGAGGAAUACCGGCGGCAGCUGGAGCGGCAGAGCCGGCUGCUGGAGGUCGCAUUGAGCCCGGUGGUUCUGCUGAAGCGGACGGUCUCGAUCAGCUCCUCUGCCAAAGAGAUGACCACAGAUAAUAAAAACCUCCCGCUGCAUUCAGACGCAGUAACUGCUGCCUCCUCAGACAUUUCUGCUGCUGAAAGUGAAAAAGAAUGGAUUGAAAAUUCCUCAGAUGAGAAAGAGACAAACACAGCAGAUAAAAGAGAUGAAUCUGUAAGUAAUCAAUGUUUAAUCUAUGGGAAAACUUUCUGUCACAAAGUAAGUCUUAUCAGACACGCGGAAAUUCAUGCAGACUCACCUGAAAAUCUCUGUGGAGUUUGUGGAAAACACCUGGAGGCUUCAGGAGAUUUAUCCGACCACCUCGCAUCCCACAGGGAAACCGUUUGCACGAGCAGGUUCUGUGAGAUCUGUGGGAAGACAUUUCAGAACAUGGAAACACAUGUACGGAGCCACACUGGGGUAAAACCGUACAGCUGUGACCUCUGCAGCAAGAGCUUCCCACGGGCAAACGCACUGAAGAGGCACAAAAAGAUCCACAGCAGAGAGAAACCAAGCCCCUGUCAGAUUUGUGGAAAGACACUCGCUGGGAAUCAGAUACUCCUAGAGCACCUGAAGACACAUAAAGAUCACCGCAAAGGGGAGGAUGAUAGUUCAGAGAUGGCUAAACCAAAAGUAAACGUAGAACCAAUUCCUGAUGAUUCACUCUGCUGUAGAGUUUGUGGAGAUUCCUUUCACAGUCGAGGCUUCUUAAGAAAACACGCAGCGACUCACAGCAGCGACUCCAGAUGUGUGUGUGGAGUGUGUGGGGAGCAGCUGGAUUCAUCAGACGUUCUGCAGACUCACUUGGAGUCUCACAUGGAGGCUGGUGGGACAUGCAGCGUCUGCGGGAAGAGUUUCCAGAACAUGGAGACGCACAUGCGAAUCCACACAGGGCUGAAACCAUACCAAUGCCCCAUCUGUGGCAAACGCUUCCCCCGACCUGGAGCUCUGAGGCGACAUAGGAAGACCCACAACGCCAAGCGUUCACUAGACAGAGAACAGAAAGUCCAGAAUACAGAAGGUCAAAAUGCAGAGAUGUCAUGUAGUCCGUCAUCCCACUGCAAAGUCUGUGGGGAGAGUUUUCAGAGCAAAGGCAAUCUAAGAAAACAUGCCAAGAGCCACGCUUCAGAGUCUGUCUGUGGGGUGUGCGGUGAGGAUCUGCUACCGUCUGAAACGCUGGCCGAUCACUUGCAGGGCCACAAAGAAAAAGAGAAAGUCUGCCACAUCUGUCUAAUCAUCUAAACUAUUAAGUUUAAGUUUAUAAACUAUAAAUCUAUUAUUAGUUCUGAGAUCAAAGGUGAAGGCGCCUUUAGUGGACUUUAACAUUUACUUUAUCCACAGUGAACUGGGAACAGACAAAUCCUGGAAGUUCACCGGAGGAUCCACACGGGCGAGAAGCCAUUCCCCUGCCACAUCUGUGGGAAAGCCUUCCGGCAGAUGGGAGGACUUAACGUCCAUAUGCUAACGCACACGGGAGAGAAACCAUUCAGCUGUCACAGGAAGGAGCUGGCCUUCGGGUGCCACCUGUGCUGGAAGGCUUUUGUCACCAAAAAUGACUUGAAGAAACAUCUGUUGACCCACACUGGAGAGAAACCUUACAGCUGCCAGGUAUGCGGGAAAAGUUACCAGGAGAAACGCUCUCGAGACGUUCACAUGAAGGUGCACCAGGUGGUCCAUAACAGCAGGGAGUCAACCAGAGGACAGGAGGGUCUCCAGACAGACUUCAUCCAGCUGUAGAGAACCAGAUUGGUUCAAACUCAUAAAUAAAUUAUAAUAAGACCUUAUUACCUGUUGAACAGUAAUCACAUAAGAGACAAGACUGUUGAAGUUUUAACCAGAACAAAUGAAAGAACUGGAGAACUAGACUAACAAAUAAUACAUUUUUAGCCUUUUGAAUACAAAGAUCUUAUUUUCAGAUUAUUCCUUUAACAUUUAUAGAAAAACAAACAAAAUGCAUUCAUAUGGAGAUCCUCUACCAGAAAAAUUUGUUGGCUUUCUGAGUUUAUUUGAAUGAAAUUUAAGCCUUUCAGUCAUGACAGAUCUGAUCUUUUACUGAGUUUUUACUGAGUUUGACAUUUUAAUUAUUUAAUUGUUUUAAUUCAAACAUUAUAUUGACGGCCCUUAAAUGUUUUUGCACUAAUUUAAGCAGUUUUUAUUUUCAAAGUUCUGCUAUAAUUUUGUUUUUACCAAAGAGAGAAAGUUGUAAAUGAGGUUCGACAAAAUUUCUUGGUAUUUUUAGUGGGAAGGUUGAGAGCACCAUUUUCUACAUCGAAAUAUUGUUGAAUAUGUAAAAAAUUAAACAGUUGGAGACGUUUAAUUGUCUGUUGUUUAUGUUUGUACAACCAAUAAAGAGCUGUGCAAAACAUUACUAAUUUCUACAUAUUUUACUGCAGCCUGUUUUAUCUCAA